GCCCAAUCAAAAUUCCGAAUAAUAACCAAAAAAAAAAAAAAAAAAAGCGCAGAAACGUUUGUGUAAAACCCUACGCUCACAUAAGGGUUUUGAGAAGAGAACGAAGCAGAACUGAGGAACACAAGAAUCAACAGAUUUCUCACCUUUUAAGCUUAUAGGAGAGGAAGGAAUCUAGGGAGUUAGGAAGAGAUGCCUUCAAAAUCAAAGAAACAUUCUAAAUCAGUAACCAAGCUCUCACAUGUUGACCAGUCUGUGUCUCCUCAAAGUUCAUCAUGUUCAACACCACUUCCAGAAUCAGAAGUUAGUGAAGAAGAUGUCCUUUGCUCUCUUGAUGAAGUUAUGAGAAAAUAUCCUUCUCUGAUAGGCAGAUCUGCCUUGAUUGGCCGCGUUACUGAUGUCACAGAGGCCAAAGGUUGUAAGCUGUGGCUUUCAGAGUCUUCUAUGGUUGCUUCCUCCCUUACUCCUGGUUCCACUGUAUCGGUGUCUCUUGCUUCAUCAAGGAAAUUUUCAAGUAGCUUCCCUCUUAGCUCAUUAGCUGACGAAUGUGCAAAACAUUUUGGGGUUGGUUGCAAUGAUAAAAUGGUUAAUGAUGUGGGGAACUACUUUGCUCUAGCAACUGUUUUUCCUUCUUGUAAGGUUUUGAAGAAUGGAGUGCGAUUGUCUUCAAACCUCUCAUGUACAUUGGGUUGCCCUGCUUCAGGAAGGAUUGUGCUUGUUUAUCCCAUUCAAAUUCAAUCUGCAAUGGUUGUUAAUGGAAAUGACAAGUGGCAUAGCACCUCAGUGAAUUGUCUAUCUGUAUCCAACUGCAAGGAAUUAUAUUUAGAGUUGGUUUCCUCUAAUAGUGGAUUUGCAAAGAAUGGUAAUGUGCUGUCUGGCAUAAAUGUUUCUAGAGAAAGAACCCAUUCCAGAGAAAGAACCCAAGGUCAAUUUGGAAAUGGAAAUAUUUCAUCACCUAUGACACCAUUGUACUCUCAGUCAAAACUUAGCUCUCCUAUGAUUGGUCUGUUGAGUUCACCAACAUAUGAAGAGUCAAUAUCAAGUUCACCCAAUUCAUAUGAGACAGCCUUCAAUUCAUUUGAUAUAACAGAAGUAUUAGGAGAUGAAAGUGCAAAAAACCUUCUCCAGUCUUGCGCUACAUCAUGGCUAUGUUCUCGUAGUUUGCUAUGUGGAAAUUUUGUGUCCAUUCCAACACUUUUGAAGAUUUGCAUUUUUCAGGUCAUAGGUGCUGGUGGAAUGCCAGUAAGUUCCAAUCAGGAUUUGACAGAUAAAUUCAAUCAGGAUUUGUUCUCUCAUCCUGCCGAUAUGAUGGACCAUGUGGAUGUUGCUUUUUUAGUAAGCCAUAAAACAAAAGUACAUUUAUUUUCACCCAUAAAUUCUGCAUUGGAAACUUCACAGAAAAGAGGUUUACCACGUCUAGAACUUGAACAUGAGAGUAUCGAAGCUGAUGGAGGAGAUCAUUUUAUAAAAUUGGGUGGAUUGUCAAAUGAAUAUGCUGUUUUGAGGGAUAUAAUUUCCUCAUCGGUCAAGGACACUUUGUCAAGUUUGGGUUUACGGCCUACAAAAGGAGUGCUUCUUCAUGGCCCACCUGGCACGGGAAAGACUUCUUUGACUAAAAAAUGUGUGUGUGAUACUGGUGUCAACCUUUUCACUGUGAAUGGACCUGAAAUUGUUGGUCAAUAUCAUGGAGAAAGUGAGCAAGCAUUGCAUGAGGUCUUUGAUUCAGCUAGCCGUGCUACACCUGCAGUGGUGUUCAUUGAUGAGUUGGAUGCCAUUGCGCCUGCGCGUAGGGAUGGAGGAGAAGAGAUGUCUCAGAGAAUGGUUGCAACAUUAUUGAAUUUGAUGGAUGGGAUUAGUAGAACUGAUGGCUUACUUGUCAUAGCUGCAACCAACAGGCCUGAUAGUAUUGAGCCUGCACUUAGACGGCCAGGAAGACUUGACAGGGAGAUUGAAAUAGGUGUGCCAUCUCCAAAACAACGUUAUGAUAUACUGCUUGUACUUCUCAGUGGGAUGGAACACUCUCUUACGGCCAUGCAAGUUCAACACCUUGCUAUGGCUACACAUGGUUUUGUGGGUGCUGAUCUAGCUGCCCUCUGCAAUGAAGCGGCCUUGGUCUGUCUUAGGUGCUAUGUUGACUUCCAGAAAUCCUGCGAUGAUUCAGAUUCCGACUCAAAAUCUAUUUUAUUUGAUGGAUGCAAUAAUGCUACAAGGAUUGGCUCUAAUUGUUCAAAAGCUACAAGGGAUACCCUAGAUUCUGCAUCUUCAUCUGUCACAGAUUUGCCUGUUUCAUCAGAUAUACAGAAUGGAGUUAAUAACGGGGUAACUGGGGCUGGUGCGGCAGAAAAACACAUUCUGAAAGUUGCUUUUGAAGAUUUUGAAAAGGCUAAAAUGAAAGUAAGGCCAAGUGCCAUGCGGGAGGUUAUACUUGAGGUACCUAAGGUUAACUGGGAAGAUGUUGGUGGCCAAAAGGAGGUUAAGACACAGUUAAUGGAAGCUGUAGAAUGGCCACAAAAGCACCAUGAUGCUUUCAAGCGUAUUGGAACCCGCCCGCCUACUGGUGUUUUGCUGUUUGGUCCUCCAGGUUGUAGCAAAACCCUUUUGGCACGUGCAGUGGCUUCUGAAGCAGGUCUAAAUUUCCUUGCAGUAAAGGGCCCGGAGCUUUUCAGCAAAUGGGUUGGUGAAUCUGAAAAGGCUGUGAGAUCUCUGUUUGCGAAGGCAAGGGCGAAUGCACCAUCUGUCAUAUUUUUUGAUGAAAUAGAUGGUCUUGCUGUCAUUCGUGGAAAGGAAAGUGAUGGGGUUUCGGUUGCUGAUAGGGUCAUGAGUCAGCUUCUUGUUGAAUUGGAUGGUAUGCAACAGAGAGCUAAUGUUACUGUUAUUGCUGCUACAAAUAGGCCAGAUAAGAUUGAUCCUGCACUUUUAAGACCAGGACGCUUUGACCGACUACUAUAUGUGGGACCACCAAGUGAAUCUGAUCGGGAAGAUAUAUUCCGCAUCCAUUUGCGCAAAAUGCCAUGCAGUCCUGAUAUCUGUAUUAACGAACUUGCUCUUCUGACUGAAGGUUGUACUGGGGCUGAUCUAUCACUUAUCUGCCGCGAAGCAGCUCUUGCAGCUAUUGAAGAGAACCUUGAUGCCUCGGAGAUAAGAAGGGAACACUUGAAAACAGCAAUUGAGCAAGUUCAGCCAUCCGAAAUCCAGUCUUAUCAAGAAUUAUCGGUAAAGUUUCAGCGGCUUGUCCACUCCAGUACUGAAAGAGAUGUGUUACAUGAUCAACCAUGUUCAAGAUCAAAUUGGAACCCUUUCUGGACAUUGAUGAAAUCUGUUGCGCUGUUCUUUCAUCAGUUUCCAGCAUCACUUUCACAGUUGAAACCAUCUUCAAGUGGGUAGUGAGAUUUCUGCUUCAAACCCUCAGGCAAAGCAUUCUGUGUUUUGAAAGUGAUUUCUGAGGGAAUAUGGGAAGUCGAAGUUUCUGUUCCACCAUUGGGCAGUGGUAUUACCAGAGUACACUAUUCAACAGUGUAUAUAUACGCACAUACAUGGACACGUAUACAGCCAAAAGCGCAAGCUCUUUUCCAUACAUUACAAGUUUAGAUGGUUCGCUUUCUUCACCCAAAAAGAGCUUUGAGCUCAAUGUUGCAACAUCAAUGAAGCACGACGAGCCUUUUUAGAAGGGACUGACGCAAAGGUUUGAUUGUUUUUCAAGACCGACAGUAGACCCUCCUAAAUAUUGUUCUUAGCUUCUGAUUGGAGCAUUGAAAAGCUGCAUUUGGACAUGGGUGUUUUGCUCAUUUGUGGAAUUUUUUCCCUUAAUCGUUGUACAGGUAUUCUACAUUAACUUUGGGUAAUUGAGAAAUCUGGUUCACAAGCCGGCAUGAAAAUUCUGAGUAAGCUUGAAGGUUGUUCUGAGAUAAUUUUUUCCCUUCUAGCAGCAGCUGGAAAGAUUGUUCUGAGAUAGGGAGUUUUAUGAUUCGGGUCAGAGAAUGUUAGGAUGAGGCAUGCCGGAACCUGCGUUUUGGGUGGGCUCUUUAUGGUUUUUAUAGUACGAGUUGAAUUGAAUAGUGAAUUUGUUUGUGGUGUGAACUUUCUUUUCACGCCGAGGGGGGUAAUUCUAUUUUGUUGCUCUCAAACCUUUGUUGAUUUACUAAUUAAUUAAGUGCUAAUCAUCUUCUAGGACUUGCAAAAUGCAAAGGUUUCAACUAAAGUUUUAA